CAGACAGAAGCUGUUCAGUCCUUGCUAGAGUUCUUGGAUCAAAUACAAGUCUAAAAGAGCUGAACAUGAGCAAUAACAAUCUGCAGGAUUCAGGAGUGAAGCUGCUCUGCACUGCACUGAAGAACGUUAAGUGUGAAUUAGAAGUACUGAGAAUCUCAUACUGCAGUAUCAGUGGAGAAGGUUAUAAAGCUCUGGCUUCAGCUCUGAGAUCAAACCCUUCACACCUGAUAGAGCUGGAUCUCAGAGGAAAUGAUCCUGGACAAUCAGGAGUGAAGGAGCUCACUGAGUUACUGCAGGAUCCACACUGUACACUGAAGACACUGAGGUUUUUGAGUCCUGCUGCUGAUGAAGGCUGUCAGUUUGUGACUGGAAUUUUAGGUAAAAACCCGUUACUCCUGAAAGAACUCAAUCUGAGUGAUUGUGAACUAGGAGACACAGGAGUGAAUCAACUCUCUGCUCUACUGCAGGAUAAACACUGUAAACCUAAAACACUCAUGCUGCGUGGUUGUGGUCUAAAAGAGGAAACUUGUUCAGCUCUGGCUACAGUUCUGGGAUCAGACACCAGUCUGAAAGAGCUUGACAUGAGCAACAAUAAUCUGCAGGAUUUAGGAGUGAAGAAACUCCAGAGCGGAUUAGAAAAUACAAACUGCACACUGGAGAAACUCAGUCUUUCAGACUGCAAUAUCAGUGAAGAAGGUUAUAAAGCUCUGGCUUCAGCUCUGAGAUCAAACCCUUCACACCUGAUAGAGCUGAAUCUCAGAGGAAAUGAUCCUGGACAAUCAGGAGUGAAGGAGCUCACUGAGUUACUGCAGGAUCCACACUGUACACUGAAGACACUGAGGUUUUUGAGUCCUGCAGCAGAAGAAUUCUGUCAAUUUGUGACUGGAAUUGUGGGUAAAAACCCGUUACUCCUGAAAGAACUGUAUCUGAGUGAUCAUGAACUAGGAGACACACGAGUGAAUCAACUCUCUGCUCUACUGCAGGAUAAACACUGUACAGUCAGCACACUCAUUCUGCAUAAUUGUGGUCUAACAAAGGAAAGCUGUUCAGCUCUGGCUUCAGCCUUGAGUUCAGACACCAGUCUAAAAGAGCUCGACCUGUGCAACAAUAAUCUGCAGGAUUCAGGAGUGAAGAAACUCCAGAGCGAAUUACAAAAUACAAACUGGAGACUGAAGAAACUCAGGCUCAGUAAGUGUGAUCUAACAGAGGAAAGCUGUUCAGCUCUUGCUUCAGUUCUCACAUCAGACUCCAGCAGUCUGAAGGAUCUUGACCUGAGCAAUAAUAAUCUGCAGGAUUCAGGAGUGAAGCUGCUCUCUGAUGGACUGAAGGACAGUAAACUGGAGAAACUCAGUCUUUCAGACUGCAGUAUCAGUGAAGAAGGUUAUAAAGCUCUGGCUUCAGCUCUAAGAUCAAACCCUUCACACCUGAUAGAGCUGGAUCUCAGAGGAAAUGAUCCUGGACAAUCAGGAGUGAAGGAGCUGAUAGAGUUACUGCAGGAUCCACUCUGUACACUGAAGACACUGAGGUUUUUGAGUCCUGCUGCUGAUGAAGCCUGUCAGUUUGUGACUGGAAUUGUGGGUAAAAACCUGUUACUCCUGAAAGAACUGAAUCUGAGUGAUCGUCAACUAGGAGACACACGAGUGAAUCAACUCUCUGCUCUACUGCAGGAUAAACACUGUACACUCAACACACUCAUGCUGAAUAAUAACAGGAUUACAGCAGAAGGUUGUGCUGCUUUGACUUCAGCAUUUAAUUUAAAUCCAUCAAACCUGAUGGAGCUCACUCUGAGUGGAAAUAAACUAGAAGACUCAGGAGUAGAAAAGAUCUGUUCUCUGCUGAAAAAUACACAGUGCAGAUUGAAGAAACUGAGUCUUUCAGACUGCAGGAUCACUGAAGAAGGAUAUAAAAGUUUGACUUUGUCCCUGAAGUCAAAUUCACACCUGAUAGAGCUGGAUCUCAGAGGAAAUGAUCCUGGACAAUCAGGAGUGAAGGAGCUCACUGAUUUACAACGGGGUGAUUGCUGUAAAUUAAAAACCGUCAGGUUUUUAAAGAGUUCUGCUGCACAGGAAGCGUGUGACUAUCUUACUAAAGCUGUGGGUAAAAGUCCAUUAUUACUGACAAAACUGGAUCUGAGUGAAGUUAAAUUAGGAGAUCUGGAUGGAGAGAAACUCUCUGCUCUUCUGAAGGACUCUCAUAGCAAAGUGGAGAAAAUCAAGCUGAAUAAUUGUGAGCUGACAGAGAAAAGCUGUUCAGUUCUAGCUGCUGUUCUCUCCUCCAAAACCAUCCUGAAAGAGAUGAACCUGAACAACAGUCGUCUGCUGGACUCAGGAGUCAGAGAGAUCUGUGAGGGGCUGAAGAAUCCUGUGUGUGAGCUGAAGAUACUCAACCUUUCAGACUGCAGUAUCAGUGAAGAAGGUUAUAAAGCUCUGGCUUCAGCUCUGAGAUCAAACCCUUCACACUUGAUAGAGCUGGAUCUCAGAGGAAAUGAUCCUGGACAAUCAGGAGUGAAGAAGCUCACUGACUUACUGCAGGAUCCACACUGUACCCUGAAUACACUGAGGUUUUUGAGUCCUGCCGCAGAAGAAGCCUGUCAGUUUGUGACUGGAAUUGUGGGUAAAAACCCGAUACUUCUGAAAGAACUGAAUCUGAGUGAUCAUGAACUAGGAGACACACGAGUGAAUCAACUCUCUGCUCUACUGCAGGAUAAACACUGUAAACUCAACACACUGAUUCUGAAAAACAGCUUUAUCUCAGAGGAAGAUUGUCGUGUUCUGGCUGAAGCUUUUAAUUCAAACCCAUCAAAUCUGAGAGAGCUGAAUUUGAAUGGGACUAAACUCACAAACUCAGGAAUGAAGAGCUUCAACACUCUGUUUCAAAACCAACAGUGCAGACUGGAAAAGCUGAAGUUUAGCGGCAUCAGUAUCACAGCAGAAGGUUGUGCUGCUUUGACUUCAGCAUUUAGCUCAAACCCGUCACACCUGAUAGAGCUAAAUCUGAGUGGGAAUACACUAGAAGACUCAGGAGUAACAGAAAUCUCCAGUCUACUGGCAAACUCACAGUGCAUGCUGAAGAUACUCAGUCUUUCAGACUGCAGUAUCAGUGAAGAAGGUUAUAAAGCUCUGGCUUCAGCUCUGAGAUCAAACCCUUCACACCUGAUAGAGCUGGAUCUCAGAGGAAAUGAUCCUGGACAAUCAGGAGUGAAGGAGCUCACUGCUUUGAUUCCAGAGUGUGCUCUGAAAACAUUGAGGUUUUUGGGUCCUGCAGCAGAAGAAGCCUGUCAGUUUGUGACUGGAAUUGUGGGUAAAAACCCGUUACUCCUGAAAGAACUGAAUCUGAGUGAUCGUAAACUAGGAGACACACGAGUGAAUCAACUCUCUGCUCUACUGCAGGAUAAACACUGUAAACCCAACACACUUCAGCUGAAUAAUAACAGGAUUACAGCAGAAGGUUGUGCUGCUUUAACUUCAGCAUUUAAUUUAAACCCUUCACACCUAAUAGAGCUCAAUCUGAGUGGGAAUAAACUAAGAGACUCAGGAGUAGAGGAGAUCUGUCCUCUGCUGAAAAAUACACAGUGCAGACUGGAGAGACUAAGUCUUUCAGACUGCAGUAUCAGUGAAGAAGGUUAUAAAGCUCUGGCUUCAGCUCUGAGAUCAAACCCUUCACACCUGAUAGAGCUGGAUCUCAGAGGAAAUGAUCCUGGACAAUCAGGAGUAAAGGAGCUCACUGACUUACUGCAGGAUGAGCGAUAUAGAUUGAAGACCCUCAGGCUUUUGAAAACUACUGCAGCACAAGAAGCGUGUGACUAUCUUACUAAAGUUGUGGGUAAAAGUCCAUUAUUACUGACAGAACUGGAUCUGAGUGAAGAUAAAUUAGGAGAUCUGGAUGGAGAGAAACUCUCUGCUCUUCUGAUGGACUCUCAUAGUAAAGUGGAGAAAAUCAAGCUGAAUAAUUGUAAGCAGAUUGAAAAAGGCUGUUCAGUACUAGCUGCCGUUCUCUCCUCAAAAACAAUCCUAAAAGAGAUGAACCUGAACAACAGUCGUCUGCUGGACUCAGGAGUCUUAGAGAUCUGUGAGGGACUGAAGAACCCUGUGUGUGAGCUGAAGAUUCUCAAGCUCAGUAAGUGUGAUUUAACAGAGGAAAGCUGUUCAGCUCUGGCUUCAGUUCUCAGAUCAGACUCCAGCAGUCUGAAGGAUCUUGACCUGAGCAAUAAUAAUCUGCAGGAUUCAGGAGUGAAGUUGCUCUCUGAUGGACUAAAGCACAGUAAACUGAAGAGACUCAGUCUUUCAGACUGCAGUAUCAGUGAAGAAGGUUAUAAAGCUCUGGCUUCAGCUCUGAGAUCAAACCCUUCACACCUGAUAGAGCUGGAUCUCAGAGGAAAUGAUCCUGGACAAUCAGGAGUGAAGGAGCUCACUGACUUACUGCAGGAUCCACACUGUACACUAAAGACACUGAGUUGUUUUAGUCCUGCUGCUGAUGAAGGCUGUCAGUUUGUUACUGGAAUUGUGGGUAAAAACCCGUUACUACUGAAAGAACUGAAUCUGAGUGAUCGUGAGCUAGGAGACACACGGGUGAAUCAACUCUCUGCUCUACUGCAAGAUAAACACUGUACACUCAAUAUACUCACGCUGAAUAAUAACAGGAUUACAGCAGAAGGUUGUGCUGCUUUGACUUCAGCAUUUAAUUUAAACCCUUCACACCUGAUAGAGCUCAAUCUGAGUGGAAAUAAACUAGGAGACUCAGGAGUAGAGAAGAUCUGUCCUCUGCUGAAAAAUACCCAGUGCAGAUUGGAGAAAUUAAAUCUUUCAGACUGCAGCAUCACUGGAAAAGGUUAUGAAACAUUGAUUUCAGCUUUGAAGUCAAACUCACACCUGAUAGAGCUGGAUCUCAGAGGAAAUGAUCCUGGGAAAUCAGGAGUGCAGAAGCUCACUGAUUUGCUACGAGCUGGAAGCUGUAAAUUAAAAACCAUCAGGACUUUGAAAGGUUCCGCUGCACAGGAAGCGUGUGACUAUCUAACUAAAGCUGUGGGUAAAAGUCCAUUAUUACUGACAGAACUGGAUCUGAGUGAAGAUAAAUUAGGAGAUCUGGAUGGAGAGAAACUCUCUGCUCUUCUGAUGGACUCUCAUAGCAAAGUGGAGAAAAUCAGGAUGAAUAACUGUAAAAAGCUGACAGAGAAAAGCUGUUUAGUUCUAGCUGCUGUUCUUUCAUCCAAAACCAUCUUGAAAGAGAUGAACCUAAACAACAGUCGUCUGCUGGACUCAGGAGUCAAAGUGAUCUGUGAGGGACUGAAGAACUCUAAGCUGGAGAUUUUAAAACUUUCAAAUUGUAGUAUUACAGAAGAAGGUUAUAAAGCUCUGGCUUCAGCUCUGAGAUCAAACCCUUCACACCUGAUAGAGCUGGAUCUCAGAGGAAAUGAUCCUGGACAAUCUGGAGUAAAGGAGCUCACUGAGUUACUGCAGAGUUCGUGGAUUCCAUGGAAAAAAGUGAAGUGUUCAAUGAGGUUUUUGAGUCCUGCUGCUGAUGAAUUUUGUCAGUUUGUGUCUGGAAUUGUGGGUAAAAACCCGUUACUCCUGAAAGAACUGAAUCUGAGUGAUCAUGUACUAGCAGACACACAAGUGAAUCAACUCUCUGCUCUACUGCAGGAUAAACACUGCAAACUCAACACACUCAUUCUUUCAGACUGCAGUAUCAGUGGAGAAGGUUAUAAAGCUCUGGCUUCAGCUCUGAGAUCAAACCCUUCACACCUGAUAGAGCUGGAUCUCAGAGGAAAUGAUCCUGGACAAUCAGGAGUGAAAGAGCUCACUGAGUUACUGCAGGAUCCACACUGUACACUGAAGACACUGAGGUUUUUGAGUGAUGAUGCAGAUGAAGCCUGUGAACAUUUGUAUAAAGUUCUGGGUGGAAACCUGUUACUCCUGAGAGAGCUGAAUCUGACUAAACAUGAUCUUGGACCAUCAGGAUUAGAGAAACUUGCUGCAGUACUGAAAGAUAAACACUGUAAACUCAACACACUGAUUCUGAAUAACAGCACUAUCUCAGAGGAAGAUUUUCAUGUUCUGACUGAAGCUUUUAAUUCAAACCCAACAAAUCUGACAGAGCUGAACUUGAGUGGGACUAAACUCACAAACUCAGGAAUGAAGAGCUUCACAACUCUGUUUCAAAACCAACAGUGUAGAUUGGAAAAGCUGAAGUUCAGCAGCAUGUGUAUUACAGCAGAAGGUUGUGCUGCUUUGACUUCAGCAUUUAACUCAAACCCUUCACACCUGAAAGAGCUCAAUCUGAGUGGGAAUAAACUAGGAGACUCAGGAGUAAGAAAAAUCUCCAGUCUACUGAGAAACUCGCAGUGCAUGCUGAAGAUACUCGGUCUUUCAGACUGCAGUAUCAGUGAAGAAGGUUAUAAAGCUCUGGCUUCAGCUCUGAGAUCAAACCCUUUACAUCUGAUAGAGCUGGAUCUCAGAGGAAAUGAUCCUGGACCAUCAGGAGUGAAGGAGCUCACUGGCUUACUACUCGAUCCACACUGUACACUGACGACACUGAGGUUUUUGAGUCCUGCUGCUGAUGAAUUCUGUCAGUUUGUGUCUGGAAUUGUGGGUAAAUACCCAUUACUCCUGAAAGAACUGAAUCUGAGUGAUCGUGGACUAGGGGACACACGAGUGAAUCAACUCUCUGCUCUACUGCAGGAUAAACACUUUAGACUCAACACACUCAUGCUGAAUAAUAACAGGAUUACAGCAGAAGGUUGUGCUGCUUUAACUUCAGCAUUUAAUUUAAAUCCUUCACACCUGAUAGAGCUCAAUCUGAGUGGGAAUAAACUAGAAGACUCAGGAGUAGAGAAGAUCUGUCCUCUGCUGGAAAAUAUACAAUGCCGAUUAGAGAAACUGAGUCUUUCAGACUGCAGUAUCAGGGAAGAAGGUUAUAAAGCUCUGGCUUCAGCUCUGAGAUCAAACCCUUCACACCUGAUAGAGCUGGAUCUCAGAGGAAAUGAUCCUGGACAAUCAGGAGUGAAGGAGCUCACUGAUUUACUGCAGAGUAGAAGCUGUAAAUUCAGGUUUCUGAAGAGUUCUGCUGCACAGGAAGCAUGCGAGUAUCUUACUAAUGUUCUGGGUAUAAGUCCAUUAUUACUGACAGAACUGGAUCUGAGUGAAGUUAAAUUAGGAGAUCUGGACUGGGAGAAACUCUCUGCUCUUCUGAUGGACUCUCAUAGCAAAGUGGAGAAAAUCAAGCUAAAUAAUUGUGAGCUGACAGAGAAAAGCUGUUCAGUUCUAGCUGCUGUUCUCUCCUCCAAAACCAUCCUGAAAGAGCUGAACCUGAACAACAGUCGUCUGCUGGACUCAGGAGUCAGAAAGAUCUGUGAGGGACUGAAGAAUCCUGUGUGUGAGCUGAAGAUACUCAAUCUUUCAGACUGCAGUAUUACAGAAGAAGGUUAUGAAGCUCUGGCUUCAGCUCUGAGAUCAAACCCUUCACACCUGAUAGAGCUGGAUCUCAGAGGAAAUGAUCCUGGACAAUCAGGAGUGAAGGAGCUCACUGAGUUACUGCAGGAUCCACACUGUGCACUGAAGACACUGAGAUUUUUAAGAAGUCCUGCUGCUGAUGAAGGCUGUCAGUUAGUAACUGGAGUUGUGGGUAAAAACCCGUUACUCCUGAAGGAACUGAAUCUGAGUGAUCAUGAGCUAGGAGACACACGAGUGAAUCAACUCUCUGCUCUACUGCAGGAUAAACACUGCCAGAUCAACACACUCAAUCUGAGUUAUUGCAGUAUUACAGAGAAACAGUGUGAGAUCCUGACUUCAGCUCUGAAAUCAAACCCAUCACACCUGAGAGAACUGGACCUCAGUGGGAAUGAACUAGGAGACUUUCAAAGCCUUGGCUCUCUACUGAAGAACCAACAAUUCAAGCUGGAGAAACUAAUUCUGUGUGUUUGCAGUAUUAAAGAGAAGCAGUGUGAGAUCCUGACUUCAGCUCUGAAAUCAAACCCAUCACACCUGAGAGAACUGAACCUCAGUGGGAAUGAACUCAAGCACAGAAGAGUGAAGCAAUUUUUUGAUGUGCUGAAAAAAUCAACCUGUAAACUGGAGCGACUGAGGUUAAGAUACUGUAGUAUACAAGCCGAUGAUUGUACUGAUCUGGCUUCAGCUCUGAAAUCAAACCCAUCCCACCUGAGAGAACUGGACCUCAGUGGAAACAAUCUAGGAGACUCUGGAGUGAAAAAACUCAGUGAUUUACUGAUAAACCAACAAUUCAAGCUGGAGAAACUACGUCUGAGUUAUUGCAGUAUUACAGAGAAACAGUGUGUGAUCCUGACUUCAGCUCUGAAAUCAAACCCAUCACACCUGAGAGAACUGAACCUCAAUGGGAAUAGACUAGGAGACUCUGGAGCUGAUGGCCUUAACCAUCUGCUGAGCAGUGUGGAUUGCAAGCUAAAUAAACUACAUCUGUGUGAUUGCAGUAUUACAGAGAAACAGUUGCUCAUCCCAAUCACAGCUACGUGUAUGGGCCUAUUACACCUGAGAGAACUGGACCUCAGUAAGAACCAAAUAAAAAACCAAGGAGUGUACAUGCUGUGUGAUGUGCUGAAAAACCCACGCUGUAGACUCAAGAGGUUAAGACUAAAUGACUGUGGCAUUACAGAUGUUACACCCUUAACUCAGUCUUUGACCAAGGACAAAGCAUUGAAGUUCUUAAAAGAGCUUGAACUGAGUAAAAAUCAAAUGGGAUUCUUCGAAAAGCAAAAACUCAGUGACCUGCUGCGAGACUCAAACUGUAAACUGAGGCUUGAGGAAGAAGAAGGUUAUUUUAGAGCUGGUGUAAAACGGGUUACUACAUUUUUGAUGCCUCCAUGGUCAAAAGUUCAAAAACCUGUGGAUCUCACAGGAGAGGAAAGUUCAUCAUCAGAUGAGGACGCCUCUGAAGAUGAGACUGAUCAGGCAGAGGAGGCUGAUAAGCUCUCAAAUGAGGCGGAUUAGUUGGAAGUGCAGUAUAACAACUACAUCAUGAUGUUGGGAGUCAAUUUUAGCUUUUCUGUCAAAUGAUAUAAACAAUGUCCAAUGUGAACAAUUAAUUUCUUAUGGUCUACAUGUACACGGGUUCAAAUAAGUAUUAGUAAUAUGCAUUGUUUUUAUUCAUUUAGAUUGUAGUUACUGUAUAUAUGACAGAUAGGUUUUGCAUAUAUUUUAGUUUUUUACCUUUUAUAUGCAUCAUUUUCAUUUAAAUUUGUAGUAAGUUCUGUGUCUGUCUACAAUAAAUGAUUGAAUAUCUCUCUACUAAAAAAGCUUUGGCUGUUGGAAGAUGUUGUCAGUUUUCCCACAUCAGCCAUAAGUAACCUUUAAUACAACCAGCUGACAUCCCCAACAGGGAUGGUCUUUGAGUAAAUUUCCAUGCUCUGGAAAUCAGUAGUGCAUUACAGAACUGUCUUACCUACAAAACAAUAAUUUAAUUCCUUAAAAAAAUAAUGUACUUUUACAGUAAAAGCUUGCAUAUUAAAACUAACCAGCAGGCACAGGAACUCAACAUGAUUUCAGAUUGACAUUGUACCCCCAACGUUGUGGGAUGUUGCAUUUUAGGUUGACAUCAGAACUUAACGUCAGUGUCCAACGUCGAACAGACAUUGCAUUUUGGUCACUUUGCAACAUACCUAAAAACAACCAAAUAUCAACGUCUAAUGAUGUUAUAGCUUGAUGAUGUGUGGACGUUACCACUAUGAUAUCUAUUAGAUGUUGGAUUUUGGCAGGCAUACCUGACUAAUAAAUGUCAGUAUUCAAUGUCAAUACGACGUUGCCAUAAAAUGUUGGCUUAAAGUUGGAUUUUGGUCACUUACCAAAGUUAAACAAAGUUAAAAACAACCAAGUAUUAAAGACAUUUGACAUUGUUAUUGGACAAUUCAUUUACAAUGAAUUUUAGUCACUCCACCUCACAACCUAAAUCUAACCGAAUAUUAACAUCUUAUGAUGUUGUGUUCCUGCUGAGUAGUGUCAGACAAGCUCUUGUGGUUAAAAAGUAUACACGUUUUCCUUCUUCAUUAAUAUUUUUCUUGAGUUUGACACUUUAUACAAGUGUCAAAAACAGAAAGUAGCACAGUCUCUUUGUUUAUGGGGGUUUCAUGAGCUACUGUCAGAUAAACUUCUUUUUCAUUCAGGUUGUGUCCUUCAUCUGUGGUGUUUGACCAUCUGGGAGUGACAUAAGCAAUGGUCUCUGUUUAUCUACAGCAGGCCAUUAUAGCUUGCUAAAGCUCUAGAAAUUCUCUGCCAACAGAAAUCUAUCAGAUGAAAUUACUCAUCACAUUAUGGCUAUACUUUUACAUAUACAAAGAAAAUACAAAUUUACCUGCAACCCCAGGGUCAAUAUUGAUAUCUAUUUUUUUCUGUGACACAUUUUUUCUGUGUCUGUCUCUUUCUAGACUAAAUGACUGUGGCAUUACAGAUGUUACACCCUUAACUCAGUCUUUGACCAAGGACAAAGCAUUGAAGUUCUUAAAAGAGCUUGAACUGAGUAAAAAUCAAAUGGGAUUCUUCGAAAAGCAAAAACUCAGUGACCUGCUGCGAGACUCAAACUGUAAACUGAGGCUUGAGGAAGAAGAAGGUUAUUUUAGAGCUGGUGUAAAACGGGUUACUACAUUUUUGAUGCCUCCAUGGUCAAAAGUUCAAAAACCUGUGGAUCUCACAGGAGAGGAAAGUUCAUCAUCAGAUGAGGACGCCUCUGAAGAUGAGACUGAUCAGGCAGAGGAGGCUGAUAAGCUCUCAAAUGAGGCGGAUUAGUUGGAAGUGCAGUAUAACAACUACAUCAUGAUGUUGGGAGUCAAUUUUAGCUUUUCUGUCAAAUGAUAUAAACAAUGUCCAAUGUGAACAAUUAAUUUCUUAUGGUCUACAUGUACACGGGUUCAAAUAAGUAUUAGUAAUAUGCAUUGUUUUUAUUCAUUUAGAUUGUAGUUACUGUAUAUAUGACAGAUAGGUUUUGCAUAUAUUUUAGUUUUUUACCUUUUAUAUGCAUCAUUUUCAUUUAAAUUUGUAGUAAGUUCUGUGUCUGUCUACAAUAAAUGAUUGAAUAUCUCUCUACUAAAAAAGCUUUGGCUGUUGGAAGAUGUUGUCAGUUUUCCCACAUCAGCCAUAAGUAACCUUUAAUACAACCAGCUGACAGCAUUAUAAUGCCCUGCACAAGUUGCUUGUCUGUACAGUGAUCAGACAGUCUAAAUUAUUUUUGAUUAAUGGUUUUUAGUAAUAAUGUAUACAGUUAUAUUGCAUGGUAAUGUAUUGUAAACAUAAAUAAAAAUGUGAUCAUUGUA